AUGUUGUUACCGCCGCAGAAGUUUAAAGGUUUCAUCCCCAUUCUGCAUGAAUACUCAGUUGGAACUCCCAGAAAAUCUAAGAAACCUCAUCAUCGACCACAACAGAUGCAGGAUGAGGACUUAGAUUCCAGAUUUCCCGAGGAAUCGAAACCUUUAGUUCCAGACUCAGAUUUGCUGUCCAGUACCCCUGAAGAGGGUGAUACUGCUUCGGUCCAGCCAGAAAUCCUAGUUCAGCCUACAUUGGCUCCUGAAGAAAGGGGGUCUUCAGUACCUCAGGAGAUGGAAGCUCAGUCUUCAGAGUCAGGUCUGAAAGUGCAGUCUUUACUUCAUCAUCAGCCAAAUGAACUGUCUCCAGUCCAGAAAGAAGCCCAUCUUUCAAAUAUUUCUACUGUCAUCAUCAAACCUGCCUAUCUGCAGAUUACUGGAACUCCAAGAGUCAACAAGAAGGAUGAAAUUUCAACCCAGCCAGAAACCCUAAGUCUAAGUCACACAGGAGAGAACCGUGAAGAGAAUGAACACUCUCUAGCUCAAGAGGUGGCCCAGUCUCAGCCUCUAGAGAGCCCUGAGGGUGACUCUGCCAUACAGCAGGAGGCAGUGGCUCAAGCUCCAGAGAUCCUUGAGGUGACUGAAUCUUCUAUCCAGCAGGAAUCCCUAGCUCAGCCUCCUGAAUCUUCUAUGGAGUUGGAAGCUCAACCAUUUCUUCAUCCUGCAGAAAAUCUUCCAACUCCAAGUCAGAAUGGAACUUCACACUUAAACUUGCCCCAUGUCACUGCUCAGCCUUUGAGUGUGACAUUUUCCAUUUUUUCAGAGGUUGGUGAUGAGGUUGAAUCUUCUCCAGUGCCACAGGAGGCCCUGGAUCAACCGUCUGAGCCAUCUGAGGAAUCUGUCACUAAUCCACCUCUGCAUCCCGAAGAGUUUAUUACAUCUCCACGUCACAAUGAAUCCCCAAGCUUAAAUUUGACAUAUGUCAGUGCUAAACCUAUUGGUGUGACAUUUUCCAUAUCUACAGAGAUCAGUAAUGAGGAUGAACCUUCAGUCCAGCAGGAGAUGCAGGCUCAAUCUCCUGAGCCAUCUGAGGAAUCCGUCACUCACCCUUUCCCGCAUUCUGAAGAAAAUAUUCCAUCUCCAAGUCACAGUAAAGCUCCACACAUCAACUUGCCCAGUGUCACUUCUAAUCCUAAGGGUGUGACUAUUUCUGAAACUACAGAGGUCAUAAAUGAGGUCAAACCUUCAGUUCAGCAGGAGGCCCAGGCUCAACCUCCAUCCCAGGAGGUCCAGGCUUCAUUUCCAGGCCUCUCUGAGAACAUGGAAUUAUCUGGCUGGCAGAUUGUAUCAUCAACCAUUUCUGAAACACAGAUGUUCCAGAGUGAGAUGGUAGCUCUACAUUUGGGUCAGACUCUAACUCAGCUUUCGCCAGACAAGGAAUCUGCUGAGAAAAUGGAAAUUUCUUCACCUGUGCAGGAGACCCUCACUCAGCUUUCAGAGUUACCAACAGAUAUCGUUUUGGCUCAGGCUUCAGAGCAUUUGGAAGGACCACUUUCAGCAUCAACUCAGCAUCCAUCAUCAGUCCGGGUCACGACUCUCACGGCAGAACCAAGUAGGGAGAGCAAAGCUUCUACGACCCUGAAGAAGACUAGCGCUCCCACAGAGCACACUGUGACAAAACCAACAGGGAAUGUGCGGACUCAUUCAAUCGCCACUAAGAUUUCAGCUCUACCCAGUCUGGGGGUUUUGAAGACAGUACCUUCUCCAACCACACAAAAGACCACAGGUCAGACUUCUCAUCAAAAUCAACCUUCUACACACCAAUAUAUAACUGUAACUCCGGAACGCACUGUGAAGACUAAACCCUCGACAACCCUGACAAGUACCAGUGCUACAGAGCACUCAGAUGUGACACCUAUUACACCAUCUCUGAGUCCUCAUUCAAACUUGAGUGAAGUCACAUAUCCACCUAUAAACAAGGACGUUCCUGUCACUGAAGGCAGUUCAGUUACAGCUCCAACCAUGCAAGAGACUGGAGUUCCGUUUUCAAAGGCCCCAAAGAAAGCUGAGGUAACAGUUUCAACAAGUACCACUCUGACAACCCCCACAGAGGGAUUGCUGUCAGAACAGCGUCAGCAUCAACACACAGAUCUGAGUGAACAGACAUCUGUAACUUUGGACGAAACGCCACAACCAGAAACAUCAAGGACAGCUUCCCUGACUCACUCUUCAGCCCUAUCUUCUGGACGAUCUACUUCUGAAAAGGCACAUGUAGAUUUCCCUGAGCAACUGCAACAGAAUGAACACAUGACCUUCAACAUAUGUGAGCUCUGUACCUGCACAGAGGAUACCCUCUCCUGCACCGGUCUCAGUCCAGAGAAGAGGCUCCGUAGAGUGCCUGUGCCAGGGCCCAACAUCAACAGGACCUUCACUAUACUAAAUUUCCAAGGAAACUCUAUUUCUUCCAUUGAUGGAAAUACAUGGAAGGCAUACCCUUGGGUUGAGAAACUAAUCCUCAGUGACAAUUCUUUGACUGAAUUACAUAAGGAUUCAUUUGAAGGCCUGCUAUCCCUCAAGUACUUAGAUUUAUCUUGCAAUAAGAUACAGUUCAUUGAAAGGUGUACAUUUGAAGCACUACCAUUUUUGCAGCAUGUGAAUCUUGGUUGCAAUUUAAUCACUGAACUGAGCUUUGGAACGUUUCAGUCCUGGCAUGGAAUGCAGUUUUUACACAAGAUAAUUCUCAGUCAUAAUCCUCUAACAACUAUUGAAGAUUCAUAUCUUUUUAAAUUGCCAGCAUUAAAAUAUCUAGACAUGGGAGCAACAUCAGUGUUGCUUGGACCAGUCCAAAACAUCCUCAUGAUGACUCUUGAAUUAGAAAAACUGAUAUUACCUAGGCAUCUCACCUGCUGCCUCUGUCAAUUUAAAGUUAUUAUUGAAAUCAUGUGCAAGACAGUCAAACUACAUUGUACCACUCAAUGUUCUACCAGUACCACACACUGUGAUGAGGAAGAGUCCGUAAGCAACACCAAAGGGGACUUCAUGAAGGUUUUACAGGCCCGAAAGAGGACAACCAGCACCGAGCUAACCAUUGAAUCGGAGAACACCUCGCCAGAGAGGAACAGCAUGUCCCUUUUAGUGAACGAGCAGCUAGACGUGAAUGAUGAGAGUGAUAUCAGUACUGGGCUAAAUUACAUAGUGCCUUUUCUCCUGGAUGGGAACAUAGGAGAUUUUGAAUCAACAUUGUUACCCUUCGUUAAGCUCCUUUUUUCAGAUAUGCAAGAUGGAGCAAAUCCUCUGGAACAUUUGAAGAAUAGCACAAUUCCGAUGUCUCUACAGCUCGAAUCCAACAAUACAACAUACAAUAAGUCGAAAAGUCUCCAUUUUCUGGAAAGCUUGAUAAAUGCAGGAACUCAAGCAAAAGUUCACAAAGCUAGAAAGAGAGAGAAAACUGCCACGCUGGUCAGUUCCAUACUUUUCGGGCCCAAACUGAAACAUCAAAUCUUUCCGAAGAAAUUGAAAACUGUCUGCCCAAAGAGAAAGCACUUAGGAAAGGUGGAGGAGGGGGAGAGGCAAGCACUGCAGAUGAGCAGCACGUUCAAGAACCCCGGGGGCCUCCAGAAGAGGCGCUUCAAAGAAGGGGGCAAUCAGCACAGCCUAAGGAAAGGGGAGGCUCUGCCCACGACGGGGAACAUUGCCCAAAAAAGAAGGCUCAGGCAGCCGGCCCCAAGAGAACCGAAAGAGCUUCCCUUGGCAGGGAGGCCCACGAAAUGGGUGGAAAACUCCUUCAAUGAAGAGACCUCCUCCAUCCAGGAGCACAAGGUGGUGUUCUCCAUGCCCCUGAAAGAGUUCUCCAUGGGCAACCCAUCUGCCGCCACUCCUAAAGUCCCACCCAAGAACCCCAAAGACCUAAGGGACAUUCUCCGUCUGGGACACAGAAGGGCCAAACCCAGAGUGAAUACAGAGACGAAGGAAUCAGCACCGGAGAGGCCAGUGCGAGUCGCCAAGCGGCCUCCUUUCGCUGCAGUGAAGAGCCUCAUCAAGUCCCCGCCAAGAGAGGAGUCUCUGUCUUGGAGAGAUCAGGACAAACCUUUGCUCCAGUCCUUUCAACCUUCACACUCAUCUGCAGGAAAAAGGACUGCAGAAAGCACGAAUGCUGCAAAUGGGACAAACACCAGAGGCAUCACGGUGCCAGAGAAAACUGUUGGUAGCAAAGGCACCUCCCAUGAGAUGGAAGCCCCGAUGGUGGACAACCUCACGCCGACUGUCAAGCAGUCCAGCGAGAUGCAGUGGGAAUAUCACAACGUGGCCACGGACAUCGUCUCUGCCACACAAAGACCAGACCCAAGAGAACAACUGGAGAUGGAAUACAUCCAGCAGCUGCGGUCCCUUAUCCCCAACAAUAACGUGAGGAAGCUCAUUGCUCACAUGAUGCGGACUAUAAAAAUGGACUGCUCUGAGCCUCAGUUGAAGCUGGCAUGUGCCAAGCUCCUCUCUGAAACCGGCCUCCUGAUGAAGCGUCUCAGUGAGCAGGAGGAAGGAAAGGUUCCCAAGCCAGAAUGGGAUACGGACCAGUGGAAGACUGAGAACUUCAUCAGUGACAAUACCGAAGGCCAGGAUGAACAGAAACAGCCAGAGGAAAGUGAGCUCACAAAAGAAGUUCCAGGAUAUGGCUAUAAUAACAAAUUAUUCUUGGCAAUAUCUGUGACUGUACUCGUGAUGAUAUUGAUUAUAAUUUUCUGUCUCAUUGAGAUUCAUUCUCAUAGACCAGAGGAGUGUAAAGAUGGAAGAUCCAGGUUCUUCUUUGGAUUAUUGCUUCAUAGGAGAAGUUCAGUGGAACAUGAGCCUCAGGACUUUUUCUGGCGAAGGCGGCCCCUGUGGUUGAGGGACAUGUAUCAGCCACUCAAUGCCACACGUCAGAAAAACAUGGCAAGGAAGCUACACGACAAGGAUUCCUCAGACGAGGACGAGACUUUCAACAGAAACCAAGGGUAA